AAAAAAAACAGCAGAUUAUUGCCUGUUUAUGUUAAACAAAUAAAACUAAACGUUUAUCCGCGCCACACAUCUAACACUAAAAACAAGAAUCUAACAUUUGUUCGUGUUUUCUGUGAUUGUCAUUGGCUUGUAAACUGUGUCUAUGCGCGCGUGUGUGAGUGUGUGUGUGUUUGCAUGGGUAAUGAUUUGGAGGCUGUCAAGCUGUCGCGGCGGCAAUUGAAUUAGAAACAAAGACACGGCCGCCGUUGCUGUCGCCAGUGCAGUUGUAUUGACGAUUGCGGCAGGUGCGAGUGCAGGUGCAGCAGCAGCGGCGUCGCCUCAUAAGCACACGCACGCAGGCACACACACACACACACGCACACACUGGAAAAACGGCAACAACAACAACAAUGGCUGGCACGGCAACCGCAACACCAAUGGAAAUUGACGAAUUCAUAAAUGGAGCGCUCGUCUCUUGGCUGGAGUCAUGCCUGCCACGUGCCGAGCUACUCGCUGGUUAUACCUCGCUGCUGGAUGGGCUCAUAAUACACAGUGUUUGGCUGCAGAUCGAUCCGGAGCCGCAGAACAAUCCUAGCGAGUUGCUCAGCGAUCUCAGCGGCAAUUCACUGAGCAUCGCGCGUGCCAAGAACUUUGAGUGCAUUGUCCGCAAUCUAAAGUCGUUGUUCGAGGAGGAGCUGGGCCAAACUAUAUUGGUGCUGCCAGAUGCAUACAUGCUGGGCUACUAUCCGGAGAGUAAGCAUGGCCUGGAACAGAUGAAAACGCUGCUCACCCUGUUGCUGGGUGCAGCUGUGCAAUGCCCUAAUAAGGAGCUGUUCAUUGCGCGCAUCAAGGAGCUAGAUCUGGAGACGCAGCAUGGCAUUGUGGCGCUCAUCAAACAGGUUACGGAUAGCCAUAGUCUGGUGCUCACUGAGGAUUCAAUAGACCGUUUAUCGGCGGAGAACAUGUAUGGCCACAUAAUCCGCCUUACUAAGGAGCGCGAUCACAUGUACUUGAAGUGGAUCGAGACCGUGUGCGUGGAGCCAGAGCUAAGUAACAGUGAAGGCGCUGAAUGCGGCCAAGGUGUCAGUGUGCCACGAUCACCCUCCAGCGGCACGGCCACCUCGACGCCUUCCUCAUCCUCCAAUUCAGAGAGCAAUCACUUAGCCGUGGAGUGCGCGGAUCUUAGAUCAAAGAAUCGCAAAUUGCGUCAGGAGCUGGAGGAGAAGUCGGAGAAUCUGCUGGAGUUGCGCGAGGAGCUUGAUGACAAAAAGCAGCGCUUCGACAAGUUGCGCCAGGAGAGUCAGGAGUGGUUUACCGAGGCCAAGCGUGCGGCUGCCUAUCGGGAUGAGGUUGAUAUAUUGCGGGAGCGUGCCGAACGUGCCGAUCGUCUGGAGAUUGAGGUGCAGAAAUAUAGGGAAAAGCUGGGCGACUCUGACUUUUACAAAUCACGUGUUGAAGAGCUGCGCGAGGAUAAUCGCGUGCUGCUGGAAUCCAAAGAAAUGCUGGAGGAGCAGCUGCAGCGUUCACGCAAGCGUUCGGAACAUGCCAUCACCUUAGAGUCGGAAAUCAUCAAGUACAAGCAGAAACUCAAUGACAUGGCGCUGGAGCGUGAUGUAGAUAGAUCCAAGCUAGAGGAGCUGCUCGAGGAAAAUGCACAGCUACAGCUGGUAGCAAAGAAUCUCAAUUCCACGCAGGAGAUUGAUAAAUCCUUCUCCGACAAUGAGGACGAGUGCAAUUCGGGCGACAACAGUUUAUCCGAGCAGCUCACAAACAAUGCACAAACGCGUGCUCUUAAACUGGAGCUGGAGAACCGACGACUCACUGCCGCCCUGGAACAGUUGAAGGAAAGCAGUUUCCAUGAAUCCACCAGCAAAAUGCUAGAGCUCGAGAAGGAGAAGAAGAAAUUGUCGCUGAAAAUCGAACAAAUGCAAGAGAACAUUCAGAGAUUAACGCAACAAAAUGUAGAAUUGGAGAGCGUAUUCAAAAACGCACUUGAAGAGAACAAAAAACUGCAGGAUGCCGUCGAUAAUCGUCAGAAGAGCUACGAUCGCCAGAGUCUAGAGCGUGAGGUAGAUCGCCAGAAACUUUCGGAUGCCGAACAGCAUGUGGAGACACUGAACAAGGAGAAGCAACGCAUUCAAACGCUCAACGAGAGCAUCCAGCGGCGAGCCGAUGAUUUGGAGCGUCUUGCAGAGAGCAAAACCAAGGAACUGGAACAGUAUGCUGAGAAACAACAACAGUACGAGCAGACCAAGCAGAAACUCUACGAGAUCGAAGCCAAGGUGUGCACCUUCGAGCGCGAAAACACCAGCCUUCUUAAGGAGGUGGCCAAACUCAAAGAGAGUAGUGAACAAAAGUCUGUGCAGCUAGACCAGAGCAUUAAUCGGCUGGACACGCAAGCCAAGGAGCUAAUGCGGCUCGCCAAAGUUGAGGACGAAGCGGAGCAAGUGCAGCAAAAACUUGUCGAACUGGAAAAACAGAAUCAAGAGCUGAGUUCGCAGCGCAACAUAGAUCGGGAAAUGAUUAGCACGUUACGAAACGAUCUGGUCAAUGGCACGCUCGUCACCAAAAAGGUGCGCCACAAUCUAGAAAAGCUGGGUCUCGACGUUAACGAAGUCGAUGGAGAGCCGGCCGAACUAAAUGUGGAGCAUGUAGUCGAGAAGCUAGUGCGCAACCCGGAGACCUUCAAAACGGUGCGUGAAAUAAUGCUUAAUGUCAAUCGUGAGCAGCAGCUGGAGGCUGGCGUCAAGUCGGAUAUGUGUGUGCUCUGCCAUCGCCAGGAGAUCUUUACUGUUGAAAAGAACAUUGAAUUGUCAGCUGCGACACACGCACCGACAACGCAGGAGCUUCGUUUCGAGCACAAGCUGCGUCUAAGUCCAGCGCGCGACUCGGCGGAAGUGACGCGGCUGCAGGACAGCAACACGCAGCUGCAAACAGAGAAUGCUCGUCUCAGUGUGGAUGUGGCAGCAUUGGGCUCACAAAUCACAUCGCUCAAUACACAGCACGUGGCGCUGCAGUUGGCCAACUCACAGCUGGCCGCCGAAAAGGAUACGCUGCUGAAGGAUAUUGAUGCAUUACAGCAGGAGCAUAAACACGCGCUGCAGGAUCAGGUUACACUACAGUGUCUGCACGAUCAGCUCUCCGCCGAAUAUGAGUCGCUCAACAAGGACAAGGAACAGCUAAAGGCGGCCGUGCGAGAUCUGCGCCAAGAGACGCGCGAUGCACGCGAGACAAUCCAAUCACAGGAGCAGCGUAUCGAGGAGUUGACAGCACAGACCAACAGCAUGAAAACAUGCCACGAAGACCUCGCAAUACUGCGCACCGAGCACUCCAAGCUUACAGACGACUUCCGCAAUCUCUUCGCCACCAGCGAUCGCUUCAAGAACGAGUACAAGAACAUACAGGAACAGUACAAGAUGAUACGCGUGGAGCACAGCAGUCUGAAAUUGCAAAAUACCGAACUAACCGGCGAGCUAAAUGUUAAACAAGAUCAGGUGCGUCUGCUCCAGAUCGAAUACUCCAAGGUGCAGCAGCGUUGCGAGAUGCUUAUACAAAACAAUGCCGACUUAGACUCGGAACGCAAGGCUCUGAUGGAUAAUGUGUCACAGCUGCUGUCGCAGUACCAAGAACUGCUGGCCAUUUCGUUGGAGGAUAAGAAGCACUUCCAUGAGGAAGAAAAGAACUAUACGGAACGUGUGCACAGUCUGAAGCGUCAAAAGGAAAAGCUCGAAGAGAAAAUAAUGGAGCACUAUAAGAAAUCGGAGACUACUGUGCAAAAAAAGAAACCAUUUGCCAGCAGCCUCGUUCGACGCGUUAAGAAGGCCAGCUCCGAUUUGAUGAAUAAAGUGCCUAGUCGGAAUCGACGCUCUUGGGUUGAUGAUGCGCGCACCAAUUCACAGUUUGUCAUCGGCUCCGAAUCGGGCGGCAAUGAGUCGGAUAAUAGCAACGAGGAGCCGCUAUCCAUAGCCUCUGACACGCAUUUGCUGCAGCGUAAUAUGCCGCUGCGUCAGAGUCUUCAGCGAGAUUUACUGGAUAGCUCCAUACAACGCGGUGGCACUGUGCGAAGUAGCCUGCAGGCACAGAAACGUACGGAUUUGAGUAACUCACGUAGAAAUAGCGUGCACGGCACCCUUGAACCGCCGGAUGUAACUGGCAGCAGCUUGACGUUAGGCACUGCAGGCUCUCGGCGCACCGUUUAUUUAAUCGACGAAAAGCUGCCGGAUGGCUCAAGCGCCUCAGCGCAGCAGUCGCAACAGCCGCAGGCUACUUCAACGCCCACUCCCAGCAACAAUGCUACAGCAACCGCUGCCGCUGCCGCCGCCGCCACCGGCGCUGAGCCACAAACACCACUGAAGAACGACAAUCAGCCAUCCACGUUUCUUAUGUACAAUCGCAUCAAUACAACCAUUGGCGGUGCACCCGCCAACACAACAACUAGCGAUCAGAGUCCGCUGCUGCAGGCCAGCGGCAGUGGCGGCAGCGUCGCCGGCAGCGCCAACCAGGACGAUAAAGCAAUGCGUAAACGCAAUGAGGAUAAGAGCAAUAGCAUUUGGUAUGAAUACGGCUGCGUUUAGAUCAUUUGGAACACAAGAAAACUGCAUUUGCUGACGACGAAGUAUUAUUUCGUUUUAGAAAGUAACGAAUUUAUGCCUUUAGCUUAACAGAAGAGAAAUUUACUAAGUGCUUCUUAAAUGCUAUGAUUUGCCUUAAGCUACAGACAAACAGGUCUGCAAUUUAUAUACGUAGCAUUUACAUAACUUUUUGUGUAUGUUGUGUUUUACAACUAGAUUUAGAUAGAUAUACAAAUUGUAGUCGUAUUUAUAUGUAACUAAACGAAGACUACGGCAACUGUGCGAAUUCAGAAUUACCUAGUAGCAUAUAUAUAUAUAUACACGUUUACUCAUAUACCCAUGUACUUAUGUAUGUGUAUACCAAUACCGAAAUGUAUGUCCGUUACGUCCACAAGAUUGGGCUGCCCCAAGAGCAGCCACAGGUCAAAAGUUUUAUUAUUAUGAUUAUAUAUAUGCAUUUUACAUGUAACACUUGAACUCGAAUAUAUUCCUACACGCCACACACAUUGUAUACUAAAGCUUACAGCUAACGAAUGCGCCUUCAAUUUGUGAAUAUACAUAUAUUUUUCUAAGACUAAGCAAUAACAAUUAAAGUAGAAGUAAAGUUCUUUAAUUUA